AUGAGAAAGGACACAAAGAGUGAUUCGAGUCUGUUCCUCGAAAUAUAUGUUAAUAACCAGCUCCUUGCAUCACUUUGGGGACACACAAAGGGAGUUUACGCAUCCGCCGGAAAUGCCGUCAUAACUUCACUUGUUGAUGGGGACGUAGUCAGCGUAAAAACACGAAGUCAACACGCCGUUAAUAUAUAUGGGAAAUCUGGACAAAUUUAUACUGCAUUCACAGGCGUUCAAAUAGAUACAGGGCGGUAUACCAGUAUGUCAGCAUUCUCUGUUGGACUAACACAGCACCAAGAAGUCCACACAGGCCAAAAUGUCUUGUAUAAUAACAUUUUGACCGACACCAACACAGCUUAUAGCGAUUCAACCGGUGUUUACACAGUUCCAUCUAGUGGACUCUACAUAUUUCACUUCUUCAGUUCAUCUCGUCAAAAUCCAGGACUUUGGCAAGAACUCUUCCACAACAACAUAUAUGUGUGCUCUAUAUAUGGCCGUAACAAUCAGGACUUGGUAGACGCUGGUAAUACCGUAUUACUCCAUGUGAAAAAGAAUGAUCAAAUAAGUGUGCGUGCACUUCGGGACAGCAGCUUGUAUGGGACUUUUGAUCAGAUUUACUCGACAUUGACAGGGACUCAAUUAGUCAGAGAGGCUAAUAUGUCGUCCGGUCCUAAACCAAUAGUCGCGUUUUCUGUCGGAUUAUCCCAUCAUGUAACAGUCACCACUCCUGACCAAAGUCAUAUAUGAUCGAGUGUUCUUUGACCUUAACUCUGUGUAUGAUACAAAGACUGGAGAAUUCACUGCUCCAGUUGGCGGUCUCUACGAGUUCAACUUUCACGCCGUUGGGCAACGAGAUGGCAAAAUUGGCUUGAACUUUUCCAUAAUAACAGAUACGUUAAUUCACUGUACAGUCAUAUUUCCGGCUACUAUGCUACAGGCGGUAAUGCGGCAGUGUUAGAACUUGACGCUGGUGACGUUGUUUACGUCAACGCCAAUGGUGAUGUGAACCUUAAUGGCACUCAUACCCGAAUCUACUGCACAUUC